AUGUCAUUGGAUGCAGUUUCAUCAGAGUACGGCGUGAUCCAAGAGAUGUUCUAUCGACUGCUAUCCGCAAAUCCAGUCACCUUUGGGCUUGAAUCUCCCAUAUUUCGGGCAGCUGGAAAAAUCAUCCGUCUACUCGAGGACUUGCUUAUAUCCGGAACGCUAUAUAAUGCCCCAUUCACAAUAUUACCCGCAAUUUUUGCCUCCUCCCUAGUCUGUAUUAUGAACAUACGGAAGGGAAGUCCCAACAUCCGAGUUGAGUCCGAGCAUCGCGCACACCUGGCGAUGCAGAUUCUCCACCGAUUUCAGGACACUUGGCCAAUAGCAAUCAGGACACGCCAUCUUCUCGACUGUCCUUUGAAAAUGGCGUCUGAUCAAACUCAAGGUGGUGCUAUCUCCGGAGAACACGAGCAACAUGUCCUCUCCCCAUUGCCUGAUUCAAACCAGUCUAACCAAGAGUCAUAUUGGCAAGAUACCGCACGCCUCCCACUUCAUAUCACCGAUAUUAACGGCAUGACGGGAUUAUCUCCCCCACAAAGUACUAGUGAAGGAAACGUGUUUCACUGUGAGGGGCCAGGUGAUAACCGAAUGUCGGGAUUUCCGGUCAUGUUUCCCUUCACCAAUCUAUUUGAGGAUGUUGGCUUCAGUCCCGAUGCGUACACUGGAUCUAUGCUGCGAUGUAUUAUGGUGUCAUAG